AUGUCUGAAAUUGAUGAAUCGAUACAAAAGAGAGAUAUAGACCAAUUGGUACUUGAAUACCUUAUACAUGAAGGCUACGAGGAAGGGGCACUUGCCUUCGCCGAAGAAUUGAAUUUGGAUUUUCAAAGACUCUCAUGGCAACAAUCCCUUGCCCCCAACACUGAUAACCAGAAAGAUACAACCCAAGCAUCCCAGUCCACUCAGCAAAGCACGUUACAAAAAAACUUGAAUAAUAUCAGCAAGCUCCCCGAUGAUGAGUUUGGUGACGUGAUUUUGAAUUAUUACAGCAACAUCAAUUAUCACCACCGCAACAACAAUAGCAACAGCAACAGCGGCGACACAUCACUGUCGCAUAAUGCGCAAAACACCACGUUGACGGCAGGAUACUCUACAAUUAGCCAACGACAAGAGAUCAAGCGGUUGAUUUUAAAUGGAGAAAUCACUGAAGCAAUAACUAAAAUCAGUCGCUGGUUCCCGAUUAUACUAGACUCAAAUAAUCUCCUUCAUUUCAAACUAUUACGUCUUAACUUGAUAGAAAUGAUUCGAAAACACAAAUUCUCAUCACACCUGGAGUCUGAUGAAAGAGAAUUUUUAAAUGAAAUUUUGACCUUUGUUAGGUGCAAUUUGAUUAAUAAGAUUUCUAAUCUGCAUAAAUUAUUGAAGGAACUAGAAUUCACAAUGAGUCUUUUAUGUUUCCGGUUUGAUCCUUCAGUGAAGGAUUUGAGUGAUCAAAAAGAGCUUCCUUCAGAGUUGAGGAAUUUUUUUAAUGUCAACUUACGAAACCAAGUGUUUCGUUUGGUUAAUAAGGAAAUUUUGGAGAUAUAUGAGGUAAAGAGUCUUUCUGACUAUAAUCAUGGAUAUGAGGGCAAUGAGUUAAUAGAUGACGUCAGGCUCAAAAUUGAACAUGGCAAUGAGGCAGUACGGGGGAGGAGCGACGAUGUGGUUUACGAACCAAAAAUUAAGCCUGUUAUUUAUACGGGCCCCAAUUAUGAAAGCUUUACAUUUGAAGAUGUUGUUGAUACCUUUGAAGAUGAUCGUUACGAAUCUGAUUCAGAUGAUUUAGAUGACGAGAACAGAGAUUGGGAUCAGUUGGUUGAUCUUAAUCUGAGUCAGCCAGUUACGAAGCCUUCGUCAGAACUUUAUAAGGGCGAGAAAUUGAUUCGUAAAGACACUAGCCUGACAAAUGAGGAUGAAGUAGAGAGCUUAGUUAGGUUGGCAUUGGAAAGCAAGUUGGAGGGUCUUGUCAAGUUGUUUGUCUUGACAGAGAAGAAACUACAAUCAGUCAAACCAUCUAGUCAACAUAUUUUUGAUAUUCAUGAAAGCAAUUCUGCCCUAUGA